AUGACCUCACAAAAUGGUGUCGAUGAACAUGAAUCUUUACAUUCAAUGGAUUCAGAGAUUACUACUCCACUAUUAAAUGAGAAUGAAACAUUCCUCAUCGAUUUUUCAAGUUAUGGAAGAUUCGCUACUUUUCGAAGAUCAAAGACCGCGGUAAUAUGUGUAACAGCCGUGGCACUUUUCACGGAUAUGGUCGUUUAUGGAAUAGUCGUACCAAUUUUGCCUUUAAUAGUUCGGGAACGUCUUGAAAUGGACUCUAAAGCAACCGCCAUUGGAUUGUUAUUUACAACACCUAUCUUUGCAAUUCUCAGUGAUCAUUAUCGUACUCGCAAAAUUCCAAUGCUGAUUGGUAUGGGUGGUUUAGGAGUUUGCACCUUAUUAUUCGGGGUAGCAAAUGCUUAUUGGCAAUUAGUGUUAGCUAGAAUUGCCCAAGGAGCAUCUGGUGGAGCAUCAUGGACGAUAAGUUUAGCAAUGUUGGCGGAUCGAUUCGGUUCUGGUCCUAAACUUGGGAUUGUGAUGGGCACAGUAAUGUCUUUCAAUACUUUGGGAUUUAUCGCUGGACCUAUAAUUGCUGUGUGCACCGUUGUAGAACCAAAUCAAUUGAAAGAAUGGGAUCGUGAAAUGAGCAUUAGAAAUGGUGAAUCACUCGAAAUUGAACCAGAAAUUGAUGAUAAUAAUGACAGUAAACAUUCAAUCUUAAAUCUCAUAAAGGAUUAUGAUAUUAUUACAAUUUGUUUGACUGUCACAAUUGCUGCUAGUGUAUUUGCUGGAAUAGAGCCCACACUCCCAAUACACUUACGCGACCGCUUCUAUGCGGACGCAUCCCAAAUUGGACUUAUAUAUAUUUCUGUAGUAUUGCCUACAGUUAUAUCUCCCAUAGUUGGUUAUCUAUCUUAUAUUAUUGGUCAACGUACUAUGGUUGGAAUAGGAAUGAUUUGGUUGGCAGUGGCUUCACCAUUGAUAGCGCUUCCAAAUAAAUUACUGGUACAAGUGAUGCCAUUAAUAUUCUUUGGUGCUGCAUACUCUAUAGUCAUGACUCCAACAUUACCAUUACUAGCACAAAGAGGUGGUAAUUCUUAUGGUCAAGUUUAUGCCCUAUGGAAUAUGGCCUAUAGUAUUGGAAUGUUUGUAGGUCCUGUGGUGGCAGGUGUAACUUUGGAGUAUUAUGGAUUCUUUGGUACUAUGUGUACUUUCAGUUUGAUGUCUUUGUGUAUCGCUCCAUUGUCUUUCUUAUCUUUUGACAAUAUAAGGAAAAUCUGUGGUGGUGGUAGAAAUGAUGGAUAUAAUAGAAUUCCUUUAGACGAAUGA